GAAAUUCCACCAACAAUUGGCACUAGAUUGGAAAUUUUCUCAAAAUGGUGGACUACUAUAAAGUUUUAGAUGUACCGCGUUCAGCGACAGAUGCCGAAAUUAAAAAGGCAUACAGAAAAUUGGCGUUAAAAUGGCACCCCGAUAAAAAUCCAGAUAAUUUGGAUGAAGCUAACAAACGUUUUCGUGAGUUAUCAGAAGCCUAUGAAGUUCUGUCAGACGAGCGAAAACGAAAAAUAUACGAUACUCGUUCGACCUUGCACAAGAGCAGCUAUAGAAGCAAUUCGUCAUCGUACACUUCAAAUGGAAGUUAUGGCGGUUCGAACGGUUAUCGAUACCGCACUACAAGCGCUAAAGACUACGAUGACUACAUACCCAGUUAUGGUUCGUCAAAGCGUGGCAAUCGCUAUCAAUUUUUCACCUUUAGAAAUCUAUUUGAGUCCACACCAUUCCACAAGUUGUUCGGUAAAGAAGCUAAAUGCCUUGGUGUUUCUAUUCCACCUUUGAUUGAAUUUGAAUUUAUCGUUCGUACUAAAUCGCAUUGA